GUUAAGGCACUUCUAAAAGAGAAGAAGUUGGAAAUGCUGGUUGAUCCAGACCUGCAGAACAAUUAUGUUGAUUCUGAGGUAGAACAACUAAUACAAGUAGCACUGCUCUGCACCCAAAGCUCCCCGAUGGACCGGCCUAAGAUGUCAGAUGUGGUGAGGAUGCUUGAAGGGGAUGGAUUAGCAGAAAGAUGGGAAGAGUGGCAGAAGGUAGAGGUUGUCCGCCAGGAUAUUGAAUUGGCUCCAUCUCGAAACUCUGAAUGGCUCCUUGACUCCACAGAGAACCUUCAUGCUGUAGAAUUGUCCGGUCCGAGAUGA